CAUUAUAUACAACUUGACUUGAUUCUUCAUUCAUUAAUUCCAUACUUCACAACUUAAUUCUCAUUUCAUACUCAUAUAAAAACCAGAAGCACUUCUUUCUUUUGCUUGCUCUAGCUCUCUUGUAGCUCAGUCAUGGUUCCUGAAUUAGAGAAACCGCGAGUUACAGAAAUACAAGUCAGAAUGGACUGUAACGGUUGUGUUCAUAAGCUCAAGAAAGCUUUACACGGCAUCAACGGUAUAUGUGAUAUCCAUAUUGAUUUUCCUCAACAAAAGUUGAUUAUAAUCGGAUGGGCCGACAAGGAAAAGAUGGUUAAAGCUAUCAGGAAGACGAGGAAAAUUAUAGGCAGUGUUUGUGUGCACACAGAUGAAGCAUCAGAAGCUCCUCCAGAGGGAUCAGAACCACCACCACCAAUACCAGAAGGUGAACAACCACCACCACUUAACACAGAAUCUCCUCCUAAUGCUGAAAACAACCCACAACCAGAACCACCAAAUGACCCGCCACCACCUGAAAAUCCAGCUCUAGAAAUACACCCAUCACCAAUAGCUGCCGAAGCAGAUGAAGACUUGCCCUUGUACCAUUCAAUGCCAAGGGAUGUCGGAGAGAUUCACGUAAUUCACCACCGCCAACGUGAUUACAAUGGUCAAUCUAGCAACUAUCCACCUGAAAAUCAUCCCGGGUACUGGAGCAAUUAUCCUAAAGGUCAUGGGUUCAGACCGCAACCACCUGUUUACAGCCACGGGUCUAGACAUGAUCCCCCAGCUUAUCUUCAUGCGUCAAGACCUGAACCUCCCAUUUACAGCCAUGGGCCAAUACCUAAUCCUCCUUUUUACAAUCAUCGAUCCAGACCUGAACCUCCCAUCUACAGUUAUGGGUCCAGACCUGAACCCCCAAUUUACGUUCAUGGGUCGAGACCUGAACCUCCCAUCUAUAGUCAUGGCUCCAGACCUGAACCACCAAUUUACGUUCAUGGGUCGAGGCCUGAGCCCCCAGUUUAUGUUCAUGGCUCCAGACCUGAACCUCUGGCUCCGGUUUCCGUAACUCAUAGUUAUAACAACUAUACACCAACACCUUCUGUUUCUGAAUAUGAAUAUGCACCGCUUCGACAGCCCCGUUCUAAUAGGAUGGAACACUACUACAACGAGGAUUAUUACAAUCGGGAUAACGGAUAUCAAAACAGCGACAACAGGAAUGGGAACAACAUUACAUCAAUAUUUAGCGAUGAAAAUCCGAAUGCAUGUCGAAUAGUAUAGUCUAACAGAAAUGUAAGAAAAAGUCUGUGUGCGCGCUUCUUUUUCCUUUUUUUGGUCUCUGACAAGAAAGUUGUAAGUAGAAAGGUUUAACAGUGAUUAGUGAAACUAAAACUAAUAAAAAUGGUGAUAAAAGAGAGCCAUACCAAGUGAACCAAGUGUGAGGAAGAAGUUAAGAGUGCUGUAAGAUUCUCCACUUUUUGUGUCUGUUAUUUUGUAUGGGGGAAUUGAUCCUGCAUUCCACUACUGGCUAGAUUAACAUCGUUUGAUGCUCAGCAUUUCAUAUAUAUAAUACGAAGGAAUCAUGUAAAGCUAUUAUUUGAUUACACAGCUUCUUUACCUUCU